GUUGAGAAGCAAUAUGAAUGUGUAAACAUUUGCGAGAGAACAUCCAAUGAUAUCUCUAUUGGGGCGUUUCUUUUUAGCAUUUCGCGAAUGUUUGAGUGAAUGUAAAGGGGGGAAAUGAUGGAGGGUUGAGUGCUGAGUUUGUCAGGACGAGGUUACUGGAAUUUCACGGUUUGGGGCUGGACUAACGUUAACGUUACUCGUACUCCGUUUUUUUUCUUGGUUGCCGACCUCGCCAAUUUCUUACUCAUAUGUUACUGUUAACUUGGAAGAGGCCUAGGACGUUUUCGUUGCCAAGGAUUCAUUUAUGUUACUUUUAUGUUAUGAUAGUGAGCUAGGUUUUGCUUGCUGAAUGGCCCAUAGUGCAGAAGUAGCUGGUAAUUGGCAAGCUAGCUAGCUAGCUGGCUACAUGCAGCCGGGUAGCUCGCUAGCUAGCUUGCUACUUAGCGCACCAUUCAAAGGAGGAUUAAGCUAGCUUGCUAAAUAUUUAAAGAGGUGUGUGAGUGUUGUGGAUUAUGACGGAUUGAUGUUGGACACUAAAAUCUGGAUUUUACUGGGCGGCCAAAAGCAUGUACUUUGUCAAGUCGGACCACUGGAAAGGAAAUUCCUUGUCACCGUGUCAUGCCACUUCGCCAGCACCAUCGCUACUGUUUUAAUGGCUUGACACUUGUGUUGUGAUUGUACUUUUUGUAACAAUUUGCUAUGAAUAUUUUUCGUUAGAUUGUCGGCAAUGAAUGUACACAAGUGGAUUUCAGUCUGAUACCUCUUAAACACUUCACCAAGGGGAAACCUGGGCCAGCUAAAGAAGGACGGGACAUAAAAGAAACACGACUCUCCGUUCAUAAAGAAAACAUGGCCUCAGUUUGGAAAAGGCUGCAACGUGUGGGGAAACACGCGUCCAAAUUCCAAUUCGUGGCUUCCUACCAGGAACUCAUGGUGGAAUGCACAAAGAAAUGGCAGCCAGACAAGCUGGUGGUGGUAUGGACGCGCCGCAGUCGACGGAAAUCCUCCAAGUCUCACAGUUGGCAGCCAGGAAUCAAGAACCCGUACCGAGGGGUUGUGGUGUGGCCCGUCCCAGAGAACAUCGAGAUCACGGUCACUCUGUUCAAGGAUCCUCACGCGGAAGAGUUUGAGGACAAGGAGUGGACAUUUGUCAUCGAAAAUGAGUCCCCGUCGGGCCGGAGGAAGGCGCUGGCCACCAGCAGCAUCAACAUGAAGCAGUACGCCAGUCCCAUGCCCACGCAGACCGACGUCAAGCUCAAGUUCAAGCCCUUGUCCAAGAAGGUGGUGGCCGCCACUCUGCAGUUCUCUCUCUCUUGCAUCUUCCUUAGAGAGGGCAAAGCCACUGACGAGGACAUGCAGAGCCUGGCCAGCCUGAUGAGCAUGAAGCAGGCCGACAUCGGCAACCUGGACGACUUUGAGGAGGAGAACGAGGAGGACGAGGAGAAUCGGGUCAACCAGGAAGAGAAAGCCGCCAAGAUCACUGAGAUAGUAAACCAGUUGAAUGCGCUCAGCUGCUUAGAUGGGGAGCCCGAUGACUACCUAAAGCAAGCAAAUAAGCCAUCGGCUAAAUCAGCCGGUUCCUCCGAAGAGCUGAUAAGCAAGCUGAACUUCAUGGAGGACGACGACCAGGACCCCUCCAAUCUGAGCACCAACCCCUUCGACGAGCCCGAUGAUCCUAACGUCUUCAACCCCUUUGGGGACCCCUACGAGGAAGAACCACCUCCACGGCCCACCUUCAGAUCCAGCCCAAAGGUGGAGGACGACUCCUACGACCCGGACCCCAACAACCCGUUCAACGACCCGGAGCCGGAGCUCCAGGGAGGGGGGAACCCGUUCGAGGAUCCCGACGCGGAACCCGAGCAGGAACCGCAGCCUCAGCAAUCACCGCCGCGGCCCAGCAAGAGGAAGAACGUGCGGCCCGUGGACAUGAGCAAGUACCUCUAUGCAGACACCUCCAAGGCCGACGAGGACGAGCUGGAUGAGUCCAAUCCCUUCUAUGAGCCCAAGACCUCCAGCCCUGCCCAGCCCUCACCUCCAUCCCCGGCCCCUACCAAGCGUCGGGCCCCUGCUCCCCCCAGCGUGGCCGCUCAGGCCCCAGCACCAAAGACGGCCCCGGAGCGGGUGCCCAGUGGCCCUGUGGCCGUGGCCGCUGUGGUGGGGAGGGAGCUGGCCUCCUCCUCCUCCUCCUCCCCGAAGGUGAGGACUCUGUCAGGCACAGACAUGGGGGCAUAUGAUGGCUUCGCCAGCCUGGGCAUCUCGCGCCUGCUGGAGCCCUCGGACAUGGUGCUGCUGGCCAUCCCGGACAAGCUGACGGUGAUGACUUACCUGUACCAGAUUCGCGCCCACUUCAGUGGCGAGGAGCUCAACGUGGUGCAGAUCGAGGCCAACAGUAGCCGAAGCACCUACAAGGUGGGCGACUUCGAGACGGACACCAACAGCUCCAUCGACCAGGACAAGUUCUACGCCGAGCUGCACGGGGUGAACCAGCCCGCCGAUGGUGACGUGACGGCCACCGCUGAGACAAACGGAGCAGCCAAGGGUCACGGGGUCGAAUCCGAGCCGAUGGAGGAAGAGGCGGCGGCACUGGUGGCUUCGGUCGUGCCGACCACCGUCUCAGCCACGCCCAUCGCCAAAGAGCGAGCAGCGUCCCCUCCAAUGGCGUCACCCCGUGCGAUGGACGUGCACCCCAGACCUGCCCCGAGGACAGCAGACUCAGGCACGGACGCCAGCAGUGCUGGACGAUUCUCGCCCGAGCCGCGACAGUUGCAGAAGGCCGACACCCUGGACAUGGGCGACUUGCCCCAGAGGGUGGAGAGACGCCAGCAGGAUGCCACCACUGCCAUCACUGGGCCCUCAGACAGGGACGCAGACAAGAGGCACCAGGGGCCCGCCGAGCCCCAGAGGGAGUCCCCGGAUCUGGGGGCUCCCGUGCGCCGGUUUGGCCCCUCACCCCCCCACAAGCUGGGCUUCACCUACAACCGCGACGCUGACCUCAUCAAGAAGAAGAGGGCCAGCCUGAGGCACUCGGAGUCGGACACCACGUCCGACAGCAGCACACCACCACCACCACCCCCUCAGAACCACACCACAGACACCCCCGCCAGAUCACCACAGGAGGCUGCACCUGUCCUGUCUCCCAGUACCUCUGAGGAAAAGAGGGUGCUCUCCCGUCAGGAGGAGCUGAAGGAGAGGGCCCGGCUGCUGCUGGAGCAGGCCCGACGAGAUGCCGCCAUGAAGGCCGGCAGCAAGCACACUGCCCAGAGCACUCCCGCACGGACGCCGCAGAUCACAGACGAGCGGGAUGAGGAACGUCGGCGGCAGCUGCGGGAGCGCGCCAGGCAGCUGAUAGCGGAGGCGCGCUCAGGUGUGAAGAUGGCCGAGCUGCCCGUCUACGGAGCCGACGCGGCAGCCACAUCAGCGGCCGGCAAGUUGAAAGGAAGGUCAAAGGCAGCUGGAGAUCUGGUGGAUGGUGAGGCAGCAGGCGGUGCUGGUGUUGGUGUGGAGGAGGAGGAGGAGGAGAUGGUGGAGGAAGGUGGUGGAAGUGGUGUUGAAGGGCAGGGCAUGGCAGGAGUGGUGGUCGCUGGUGGUCAGGCCUCUGCCUCGGUAGCUGCCUUCACAUCAGCCCCUGCUGCUGCUGCUGCUGCUGCUGGCCCUGUCCACGCCGCCAUCUCUCCUCUGCCGGCCGUGGCUGCUGUUGCCGUAGAUACUAACCUCAAGGAGGUGCCCGAGUACUCCUACGUCCUGGAGGACAACUUUACUAACCCCGCCAGUGACCUAGCAGCAUUGGGUGUGCUGAACAGCAGUCAUGUGGACCUGAAGCUGAAGAAGCUGGUGGAGGUGCGGCCGCAGGGAGGGAGCUCUCCUUCGUCGUCGUCAUCCUCUUCCUCACUCACUGCCUCCACCACCUCCCCCAUCAGCCCCACAGAGACCCUAGAGCAGGAGCAGGAGCUGCGAGCAGAGCGUCUGCGCAGGGCGUCGGAGCGCCUGCGCAGCCCGGUGGUCUUCAACAAGGAGUCAGCAGUCAGGAAGACCCAACUCAAGUCCUUCAGCCAGUACGUGGAGACCAGACCAGAGGUAAAGCGUCAGCGAUCGGUGCCUGAGGACCUGAGGAGGCCGAAUGAGGAGCGCGCCGCGCUGCCAGAGAUGGAAGGACGCCGGCCGUAUGAAGAUGAAAAAGCGUUCAAAGACACCAGUCAGUAUGUUGUGGGAGAGCUGGCAGCGCUGGAGAGCGAGCAGAAGCAAAUUGACACCCGUGCGUCGGGUGUGGAGAAGAGGCUGCGCUAUCUCAUGGACACAGGCAAUAACAAGGAGGAGGAGGAGGCCAUGAUGCAGGAGUGGUUCAUGCUGGUCAACAAGAAGAACGCGCUGAUCAGGAGGCAGAAUCAGCUCUCUCUGCUGGAAAAAGAACAUGAUCUUGAGAGACGCUUUGAGCUGCUGAACCGGGAGUUAAGAGCAAUGCUGGCGAUUGAAGACUGGCAGAAGACAGAGGCCCAGAAGUGGCGUGAGCAGCUACUCCUGGACGAACUGGUCAUACUGGUCAACAAGAGGGACGCCCUGGUGCGGGACCUGGACGCGCAGGAGAAACAAGCCGAGGAGGAGGACGAGCACCUGGAGAGAACUCUGGAGCAGAACAAGGGCAAGAUGGCCAAGAAAGAAGAGAAGUGUGUCCUUCAAUGAUUGUCAUCUUUUCUUGUUUUUGUUUGUUUGUUUGUUUAGUUCUGUUGUUCCCCUCCCCCAAGUGGAGGAAAACAACAAAACGACAGUUAUUUUUUAGUACAUGUAAAGAGAUUCAUCAGCAGUAGAGAUUUUGAGAUGCCCCCAUUGUUUCAUUUAAUUUUAUGACAUGUGACCCUUUGAAAAAAAAAAAAGAACCAGUCCUUUAUCUCCAGGGCAGAGCUGACUUAGCUGAGGGUUUCAUGUGUCCGCCCUCUUUGUACUGAGUUUAUACUGAGAAAAUUUCUUCCACUUAUAAAAUAUAUAUAAUUUCUUGUCUCUUUUUUUGUUUGCUUUGUCAAACAAGGUACUUGUAUGUAACACACAGCUCCGUGCAAAACUUACCUUGAAUCAGAAAUACUGUGUACUGAUUCUUUGAGAAGGGGGUGGGGGGGGGGGGGGGGGGGGGGGGGGUAUUAAGCAGCUUUUGAAUUUGAAUCAGAAUGGUUUCUACAGACGCAUAUGGCCUUGUCAGUCUGAAUGUGUUUUAAUCCUGACAGUGGGACUUGUUUUUAAGAAAAAAAAAUGUAGGUACAGCACAAGUUGUUUUAUCUGGGGGACUUGUAUUACCAUAAUUUUAUGGGACUACAUUUCAAAAGGAAAUCGUAUCAUUUCAAACUGACAAAACAAGAUGAACACAACUAAUACUGUCCUCGUUCAUUUGCAAGCAAUGUUUGUUACUUGAUGAGCUUUUAAAAUACUCUAGAUUUUAGGGUUUUACAAAUGAAACAUUAAAAAAAGGGCCAUGUGGUGCAUUUCAGAAAGCAGACAUUACUCUGUGGCUUUUGUGACUUUUAUUUUGUGCUUGAACACAGUUUACCAAAUUUUUUCUGUGGUCAGAGCCACAAUGCAUGGACUGUAGACCAGGGAGCGGACUAUCUUGUUGUAUAUUUUUCAUCACUAGUCUGAGAUAGCUUGCAGCAGGAAAAAAGACUUUAAUUUCCACAUUCAGCAGAGAGCAGAGUAAUUAUUUAUUGCGGUGUGCCCUUUGAGCCACAACUAAAGUAACUAACACCAUGUGCAUUUGCUCAAGGAGGUUGUUUAUAUUUAUUGUAAACUUAAAAAAGAGAAUUAUCAUUUCAUUUGCAAACCUCACUGCUUUUUUCACAUCUGAUGCAGCUGUAUUAUUGUGCAAGUAUUUACCUGUUUAUUUAUUCCAAUGUCAUAAAAUACCAGUCAUCAAUAAAAAUCCCAAUGCUUUCAUACUCAAA